CAGCGACACAGAGAGAGCUUGUGAGGCUUCUGACUCUCCCAAUGCAGACUCACAGACCGUUGUACUGCAAGGCACAGCACAGCAGAGUGCACAUGUGGAAUCAUGCUGAUGAACUACGUCCUAUCUAACUAAGGAGCUGGGCUUUGUCUAAAGAUACUUUUUUCUUGUAGGCGACAGACAGCUAAUCCUCCGUGUCCGGUCAAGGCUUGGCACUCCGACUACUGAGAGUUUGAUUACCAACUGGACUGACAGACUGACAGAAGUGUGUGAGAGGAGCCAGCUAGAGGGAUAUAUAAGACGUCCUGGAGUAUCUGACCGGAAUUCUUGUUGACGGUGGAAAGAUGACAUCCAAGUCUUCCAGGCUGGGCAGACCUUCGGCAGGGUCCAAGCAGCCCUCUCAGAGGAAGGAUUGCCCGGUGGGUAACCGCUCCUGUAUGCUGCGGGUCGGGGAGAGGCUGAUGAGGGCUGGGAGUGAGGGGAACCUACAUGUAGUGAGACCCAAACCUGUCCAGCAGACACCCCUGGAGGAAGGACACCAACAGUCCAGCUCCAUCACACCCAAAGAGUUAGGAAACAACAACCAGAGAGACUCAUCACCUGAGGAUGUAGAGCGUUUACACAGGCAGCAGACUGUAGCGAACCAGAACCACCACUCUGAGCCACACUCCCCCAGCACAGUCCCCAGGAGGUACACCAUCGGAGGGCAAGGGCCCCGCAGUGCCAGAGACCCCCUGACCAUGCAGCACACUGACGUAGAGAGGAAGAAAGAGGUGUUCCUGGAGCACCUGAAGCAGAGGUAUCCUCACCAUGCUGCUGUCAUCAUGGGCCAUCAGGACCGCCUCAGAGACCAUGCCAGGAGCCCCCAGCACUCUGCCAGCCCCCCGCCCGGAAUAGGGGAGCAGCUUGAGCACCUCUCGUUGGCCUCUCUGGAGUCUCUGGAGACCAUGUCAGAGGGAGACGGUCUAGCCACCUUCACCCGUGGCUGCCAGGCACGGGCCAGCCUGCCGGUGGUCCGCUCUGCCAACCAGACCAGGGACAGAUCAUUAGGUGUGCUGUACCUGCAGUACGCAGAGGAAACCAAGCAGAUCCGGAUGCCCAAUGAGAUUACCAGCAUAGACACAAUCAGGGCUCUGUUUGUUAGUGCUUUCCCCCAGCAGCUCACCAUAAAGAUGCUGGAGUCUCCCAGUGUAGCUGUGUACAUCAAAGAUGAAACCAGGAACAUGUACCACGAGCUAACUGAUGUCAGAAAUAUUACAUCUCGAUGCUGUCUGAAGGUGUACCACAAAGACCCUGCACAUGCCUUCAAUCGCAGCAACGCAAGGCCUAACAAUGCUGAGGGCAGGAUACCAAGGGAGAUACUGUAUGGAAGUCAUAGCCCUGUGCACACUUUACAAUCCACCUGCAGUCCUGUCCACUCCAUACAGGGGUCCAUGUCUCCCCCCACGGUCCGCUCCAUGCCCUCCUCUCCCUCCAGGAUCCCCUACGGCCCCAGAGCUGGGGGAGGGGUGCCAGGCAGUGCCACCCUCCCCAGGGCCGGUAUGUCCAGUGGGCCCCCCAGCAGGUCCGUCACACCCUCCCCCAGUGCCAUCCUGGAGAGAAGAGACGUCAAACCUGACGAGGACCUGAGCAGUACAAGUAUGGCGCUGGUGCGUGCCGACGGGUUGUAUGUCAACGUCACUGACCCCUACGCUGUCCAGGAGGGCCGGCUGAGUAUCGCCUCCUCCCAGGGGGGCGGCCACACGGGAGACAUGGUCGACAUAGGUGGUGGUAGCCUCCACCGAGCCUUGGUCAAGUCCACAGCCUCCUAUACAGAGAACCCGGAGCAGCAGCACUCCCUCUACAGGCAGAAGUCUCGGAGGUACGGGGAAAGCCAGGGGCCACUCGGCACCAAAACCCCGCCCCCUUCCCCUCACAGAUUGAACGACAACCAUGGCCCUGUGGCCUCAGAGAGGGGCUCUCCUAUUCGCCGGUCUCUGCGGAAGGAGAGUAAUGGUAAUACAGUGGAGGUGGUGACCAGGACCAGGGGUAGUGUGUCCUCUGUGUCCUCCUCUCCUGUGUUCGUGGAGCUCCCCCCAGGGCACUAUGGGGACAGGCUGUUUCAGGGACACCUCACCCCCAAUGACCCCCAGACCAGUGAGCGAAUGAAGGCCAUGGAACAACAGAUUGCCAGUCUGGCUGGCCUUGUUCAGCAUGCACUUGCUAUUGGGCCAGCUGAGAUCGAUAGGAGGACUGCUUCUCCUUUCCAUGUCAACAACAGUGCAGGAGUGUCACCAGUUCCUGCAUCCAGAACCCCUGCCCUCCUUGCAGAUGGCUUCAAUGCUCUAGACCCUCAGGCCCCUUCCCCUGACUCCACCCUGCAGGUCACACUGACCACGGUCAGGAGGAACGUCACUGACCUCCGACAGCAGCUUCACCAACUCCGACAGCUACAGAUGCAGAACCAGGACAGUGUGAAGCGGAUGCUAAAGAGAGCAGAGGAGGAGCUAGCUGAGGUGAUGUCUGAGACCCUACAGAGACAACAGCAGGAGACCGAGCCUGGCCAGAGACAGAGGACCACGGUGGACGAGGAGAGACACAAGUACCAGGCCAUGGAGGAGAGAGUGCUGGCCCAGCUCAGGGAGCUGGAGGAGUAUGUGGACCGUCUGAGGAGAGACUCGUCCUCCGGCAAARGUCAGCUGUCAGUCACCCUCAGGGACGUGGAGGAGGGAGCUGUCAACCUCAGGAGGGUGGGAGAGGCCUUGGCUGGACUUAAAGGUGAGUUCCCAAGCCUGCAUGGGAAGAUGCGGACGGUGCUGCGUGUGGAGGUGGAGGCGGUGCGCUUCCUGAAGGAGGAGCCUCAUAAGAUGGACAGCAUGCUUAAGAGGGUCAAAGCCCUGACAGAGGCUCUCAGCGGUCUCAGAAGAUGUGUCACAGAGAAUCAUCCUCACAAUCCCGAGCCUGGAGCAGCCAAAGCAGCCACAGCAGAGGGGGGUGUAGAGCCUGCCACUGCCCAGUCUGAACCCCUCCGGAAGAAUCUCCCCACCAUGGAAUCCCCCAAACCUCAGCCUAGGCCCUCUGUCAGAYCACCCCAGCCACAGGUCAAGAACCCUGCAGGCAGGCCAGACACAGCCCCCACCUCACCUGACAUUGUCCACCGUGUGAAGAGCUCUCCCGUCAACAUGCAGCCUUGUCAGCACUCAGCGGCUCUGCCACACCACCCCAGCCCCCCACUGACCUCCACCCACGGUCGAGACUCCCCCACCGUGGCCAAGGUCAGUCCCCGCAGCCGGGAGAACAGCCCGGCCCUGCAGAAGAGAGUAGUCCCUUGGUGUGGCGAUGGACCGGCACCCACGGCCAGCAGCACUGAGACCACCUCACAACCACCUGGCUCAGAGGAGAUCCACACCAACAGGGGCAGCAUCAAACACAUCGUCAUGGACGUUGAGACGGCAGAGAGAGAGCAGGACCUGGAGGAGGGGAGGUCACCACAGAACUCAGCAGCCACCUUUUCUGGGAGUGAGUUUGAGCAGAUUCUCCAGGAGGCCCAGGCCAGCCUGAUGAAGGCCAUACCUGACCUGGAGGUGACCGAGACAGGGAGAAGGGAGGCUCAGUCCUCCCCUCCACCCCUAGCUCCAGACCAGCCAUCUCUCCCAGACCCAGAGCUUCCCCUCAACACUCCACUGCCAGACGAAGUAGAUGCCCCUCAACCUACUAAGGCAUCUCUUCCAGAACCCACUCAGCCAGGUAUGUGGCUGCUGAGGUCCCAGAGAAGUCAGAAGUCCCCUCCACCGCCCCCACCACGGAGGUUCUUCACGUCACCAUCAAGCUCAGGCCUGACCACAGGGAGGUCUGGAGAAGUCAUCUUUACUACCAGGAAGGAAGCCGCCACCGCCCAGGAUGAUGAAGAGGUGGUGGUCCCUCAACCCAGUCCCAAACCCACCAGACAGCCCCCAGAGGUCAAGCCCAAGCCCCAAACCACUCCUGUUUUUAUAGCCUCAGUUGAGCCAGGGGAAAAGGAGGAUGAAGAAGAAGAAGAGGAUGAUGAUGAUGAUGAUGAGGAGGAGGAGGAUAAAUUCAUGAAGGAACUACAGGUGUUUCAGAAGUACACUCUUAGAGAUGUAAGCACAAAGUGUGUCAUAGACCUUACAAGCACUGCAUCUCAAGUCAGACAGAUAGAGCCAGAACUCUCCCUCUCACCCAAAGACCCAAAGCAGAGUCAGGAGAACAAGGGUAAAGAGAAAAGUGUGCUCAACACUGAUGAAAACAGAUUUGACAUUGUUCCAAAGAGUCCCAGGGUCAUGUAUUAUGUCACAGGACAGUUAUCCAAUGAGAAGCCUCCAUCGGGAAAAACAGACCAAUCGGAAGGCAGGGAGGGAACAUUGUCCCCCUCACAGGUGGCAAACUCAAAUACAUUUGACUCCCAGCAGCCAGAGUUACUAAUAGCAGACACGUCACCUCUGGUAUCAUGUAACUCAGUGCUGGAAAGCCAAGAUUGUCCUCCUAAUACACAGAAGAUAGCAGUUGGAGAAGAUAGUGGGAAGGAGAGCCUCGUUGAUGAGAAUGUCCGGAAGGAUCCUGUUCAGAGUCAGAAAGUGGGGGUAGUUGAAACUGUCUCUCCUCCAAUACCUGCAGAGAAGCAGGACAUAUCUGAACCCUCUCAGCAAGACUGUUAUCUUACUAACAGUAAACCAUCAUCUUCGUCAUCAUCACCACCACUUCCACCAUCAUCUUCACCACCACCAGUACCAGUAAUCCAAUUUGUGAGUAGUACAGGCCAAGAGGUUUCAGGUAGUCCAGGGUCUCCACCAGAGAGCAGGGGCCUGGGUGACAGCCAGAGCCAGCAGGUAGUGUUGAGGUCCUCCAGAAGCAGAGCACCACGGUAUGUAGAGGAGGGCAGCAGCCUGAGCCCUGACCUCCCAGAUGAGGAGGGCCCUCCUCCCCCUGAGAACAUCUCCUUCAUGAUGAUCACCAGCAACAGAGUGCAGGCUCUGUCCACUGGGGAGUACCAGGAGAUAGUGAAUGGUACCAGCAUGUCCGAGGUUCAGACCGUCAGUGUGGGGAACGACACCACCAGUAUCAGCCAGGAGCACAGUGGCUUCGACAGGAAGCCUGUGAUUAUCAUAUUCGACGAGCCCAUGGACAUCCGGUCGGCCUACAAGCGUAUGUCCACCAUCUUUGAGUGUGAGGAGGAGCUGGAUAGGCUGCUGCACCAGGAGAGCAUCGAGGAGGAAGCAGAGGAGGCAGGAUCAGAGAAGAGUGUACCUCAGGUAAAGCCUAACACUUAUCUACAUCAGGCAAACAAGACAGCAGUGACAGGAAACACUGCAACCAGUCACAAUAAUACUCCUGCUGUGGUUGCGCAACAGAAGAGUACAGCAGAGUGCUCAUUGCCAGAACAGUCUAAAACAGAGCCCUCAAACACCAGCAAACCAGAAGCCAAAAAGAAGUUCAAAUUCAAGUUCCCCAAAAAUAAGCUGGCGGCCAUCAGCCAGGCGAUUCGCACUGGGACCAAAACAGGGAAGAAGACACUUCAGGUGGUGGUCUAUGAGGACGAGGAGGAGUGGGACGGACACAUGAAUGAGGCCGAAAGGUUUGAGAUCAACAGCAGUAGCAUACCACAAACUGACUUUAGUCACCUCACCUCUGUGGAUAACAUCACGUCACCAAGCACUCUCACCAGGUCAAACUCUAAACGCAGAACAGAGGAGAUCUGUAAGAAUGCCUACGACUCCAUAACCAGUCUAGAGGAGACCAUUAAACAGCUGGAGAUCACUGUGGACAAUAUAAGCCCAGCAGCGGCUAACACAGACGCCUGUGAAGAGUCUCCAGCCACAGUGAAAUCCCAACGAGAGAGGGAGGGCAGUCCCUCCAAGAGGCCUGCCCCUCCUCAGGUCUCAAAGUUCCUGAAGCAUCCUCAGAGUAAGAAGUCCAAACCAGAGCUUCCCAGGCCAUCCAUCACAAGCAGCUCCAAGAAACAGAAUACCAGUGGCUCUCCUUCGAGUCAGAUGUCACUUUCUGUGUCUGCAAAGUCCUGGCAGCAACCAGCCGGGUCAGCUGACAAACCAGSAGGAAAAACUCAGAAGCUCCAGGCCAAUCAGAAGCAGUUUCCACAGGCUAACAGAAGUGCUGAGAAAGCUGGUGGGGAUAGUAACCAUUAUUUCCUUGCUUUACCUGCUUCUAAGAUCCCAGCCUUUUGUCAUAGCUCUGGCAAAAAUAUGUCAUUGCCCGGUCCAAACACUGUGUCUAACCCUAUUAAAUCACCUUCCUCCUCCCCGUCCUCCUCACACAAAUCUUUCAUCCCGUCUCUUAAUCUGAGUCGUCUCGUCCCUCCUAGCCCUUCUCUCAAUGACAGACGUCAAAAUCUUUCGCUCUCAUCACAAACCCAAAAUGGCCGACCCAGCCCUUUCUCUCACUGCUCAUCUUCCUCUUCCUCCUCCCCCUCUUCCAACUCCUCCUCUUUGUCCCCCACAUCCACGUCCUCCACCUCCUCCUCCCCUCCCUCUCCUUCCCUCCUCUCUCCGACUGCCAUGAGUCAAGGUGCGAGGAGUAUCCACCGCAUUGCACAUAUACCCAGCUUCACCGGACACAAGAUGCAAGGUGGAUACAGCAGCAAAACCACACGUACACCAGCAGCUUCUUUGUCCAAGGACAUAUGAUUAUCUUUUUAUAUCUAUAUGUAACAAAGUUAAGAACGUACCUUAAGCUCAUGCCACAGCUUGCUUGAAAUGUUGCAGAUGGAGCCAUCCAAUUUGUACAUUUUGGGUGGCUCAACACGUUGGAACAUUGUCAAGGAGAACGGUUAUAUGUGUUGCGAAGCAGAGGAUCACUGGUUCGAACCCAGUAUGGGGCAGUCGGACAGUGGAGGAAGAUUUUAGCAGCACACAGACCCCUGUUACAUAACGGUAUAUGAAGUAUAGUGGAGGGAAGUGCUGUUUUCAUGGCAACCUAAUACAAUUGCAGGGCAUUCUCUCAUUUCUCUCUAGCUUUGAUAAGUUUUUGAUCAUGAUCAAUUUGAGUUCACAUACAAAAACAGAGAAUAGCGUGAGCUGGUUUUCAUUCCAUGCUCCCUUUGAGAAAGGGGACCUUUUUUAAUUUCUGCUUCAGUUUAUGGGUUGUUCCACGAAAAGAGCGCCUUUUGCGUCCCUUUGAUAUUUUAAAUAGAAAGUGUGCACCAGUAUUGAAUUGUAAAAGCCUGUUAUAUUAAAUGAAGUGCCCUUUAAUAUAGACUCCAUGGAGAAUUCAAUGUUUAAAAAAAAAUAUGA